GAGAUGGGUGCUGUGGAGCACAGGGCAUACGCGCGCAUUGGCCUGCUGGGGAAUCCGAGCGAUGGCUACUACGGCCGCACAAUUGCGCUCGCGAUCUCGAAUUUCUGGGCGACGGUGUCGCUCCAGCCGUCGGAUUUGCUCGCGCUCGUGCCGCAUUCCCACCACGAUCUCUGCCGCUUCAGCUCCAUCCAGGAUCUGGUGGGGAGAGUCCAGAGCGAGGGAUAUUACGGUGGUGUCCGGCUUCUCACCGCCGCUUGCAAGACAUUCCAUAGCUAUUGCUCGUCUCAUGGAAUUGAUCUACACGAUGGAAAUUUCACUCUUUCCUAUGAUACCAACAUUCCUCGUCAGGCAGGCUUAUCUGGAUCUAGUGCUCUUGUGUGCGCUACCAUGAAUUGCCUCAUGGAUUUUUACAACGUCCGCGAUCGCAUCCCAGUAGAGGACCGACCGAAAAUUGUUCUCAGUGCCGAAGUCGAGCUCGGGAUCACGGCUGGUUUGCAAGACAGAGUAGCACAAGUCUAUGGAGGCCUAGUUUAUAUGGACUUUGACGAGGAACACAUGCUGAGAACUGGGAAUGGGAUUUACAAGCGAAUGGAUCCUCAACUCCUGCCUCCACUGUACGUAAUCUACGCACAAAACCCGAGCGACUCUGGCAAAGUCCAUAGCACGGUGAAGCAGCGAUGGCUGGAUGGCGAUCUGACCGUGAGAACAAAGAUGAGGGAAGUAGCGGAGCUGGCUCUCCGAGGCAAACAGGCUUUGCUGGAAGGAAAUCACUCGUUGCUGGCCGAGCUUAUGGAUCGCAACUUUGACCUGCGAAGAGAAAUGUUUGGGGACGAUGCGCUUGGAGCUCUGAAUAUCCAGAUGGUUGAGACGGCACGAAGCGUCGGAGCGGCAUGCAAAUUCACUGGCAGCGGCGGAGCAGUAGUGGCGUUUUGUCCUGAAGGAUCUGUCCAAGCUCAAAAGCUCCAAGAAGCUUGCAGCGCUUCUGGGCUUUCUAUAGAGCUUGUGCAAGUUGCGGCGAGGUGACUCCAGAAUGCUGGACUUAUUUGAAUACAAAUGGCAGGGGCUCUUGUGAUUUUCAAGUAUCCCGUGCAAAGCUUUAACAUGCU